AUGGCAGUAGAGAACAAGCCACCUGUUGCCCAGACCAUUGCCGCGGACGAGUGCCGACACGACUUUGCCAUCGAGCUCGGCGAGAUAGAGAGACAGGAGGGUGCGGAUGACCAGAAAGGCCCUGUGGGAGACGAUGAGUCUCAGCUCUUUUCAACUACUGUUCGCACCCUCCGACGCCUGCUGCACCCACCGGGCCUGGAGAUGGUCCUGGGGAUUGCCCACUGGGAACCAGGGAAGGCACUAUCACCGCCCACAAGGUAUAGGUAUUGUAGCCAAGCAGGUAUUGUUUUGCUGGCAAACGCAGAGAACUAA